GUCACUAUCAUUGUUUUGAUUUUUAAGGCAACAUGUCAGAAAUUAAAGAUGAAAAGCAGAAAACCAGUAAUCCUGAAAGUAAGCCAGAGAGAUCGCGUGGAAACAAGAGGAGAGACAGGAAGGAAAAGGUCAAUCCGACCGUCAAGAUAGUGAUGCGGCACUUGCCGCCAACAAUGACGGAGAAGGAAUUCUUAGACCAAGUGGGGCCGCUGCCGGAAAGCGACUCCUACUAUUAUUGCCAAGCAGAUUGGUCUCUGGGCCAUGACGCGACAUGCCGAGCCUACAUCGACAUGACCCUAAAGGAUAACACCGAGCUUCUGCAAUUUCGCGAUCGAUUUGAUGGAUACGUGUUCGUGGAUCAAUAUGGCGUGGAAUACCAUGCAAUGGUGGAGUAUGCUCCCUUCCAGUGCUUCCUUAAGAACAAGUCCCGAACUGAUGACAAGGUGAAUACAAUUGAGGCCGAGGCGCACUACCAGGCUUUUCUGCAGAAGCUGGCUGAUGAGCGAGAAGAGGCAACCCGCAUGGGUGAAGUUAAGAUCGACCUGACGUUCGACCGAAAAUCUGACGACAGGGUGAGGUCCACGCCGUUGCUUCAAUACCUAGCCAACAAAAAGGAAAAGCGGCGGGAAGAAGCCCGAAAACGGAAUGAGGAGAAAAAAAAGCAUCGCGAGGAGCAAAAGCAGGUCAGACUGAUGGAACAGUCGGAAAGCAGCAAACCGAAAGAGGCCGCUGCUGAUGUCAAAAAGGAUACAGGCACCAAGCCCAAGGCCGGCGGUAAAGAUAUUCAAUCCCAAAAUCAAACAACUGAAGGCACCAAGAAUUCGCGGUCAAAACGACGGACGGAGCGCGACCAACGUCGACGUGAAGAGCAUGAGCAGCGAAAGCUGGACCGAGAACGUGACCAGAGAGACUUAAAGAAUCCCGAGCGCCAAGAUAACACCGAUAAGGAAAAGCCAUCGAGCUAUAAAAAUGGCAAAAAAUCGAAACAGUUGAAAGAUUUCAACAAGACAGAAAAAGAUAUCGCUAUUUUGAGAAAAGAAAACAAAUCGGAUAUAAAGAAAUCUGAAGAAUUGCCAUCGGGUUCCAAGAAAACGAUUGUAGAUGCUUGUUUGAAAACGACGCAGGCACAAUCGAAGGAAGAAAUCAGCGCUCCAGAUACCAUACAGAAAAAUGUACAAGCUGGCAGCGAUCAAUCGGAAAAUGACAAUUCGGCAGCUUCCACGGUUAAGCAAGCAGGACCAUCUAGGUCAAAAAGUUUCGAUGAUAACCGAAAGUCCAGCUUUCGUCAAUCCGAGGAGCGUCGCAUUCGAAAUAAGGAUCGUCCCUCCAUUGCUAUAUAUCAGCCAAAGGCUCGCGUCCGUAAGGGAUCGGGAGAUCAGUCUCAAAAUAGCAACAAAGACGGCACCAAAUCGCGCGAGGAGCCAAUUUCGGAUGGAGAGGUUUCUAUAGCUGAAGAAAAGACGGCUAGGAAAAACAAGAGGCCAGGUCGACGCAAUAAGUCAAAGCCCUGCGAGGGUAUAUCCAAGUCUUCAGAGAAUAGCUGCAGUGCAAAUAUCUUGGCCACCGUGAAAUAAGGAAAAUAUUUUUAUUUUUAAAUAAAUGAACGUUCACUCUUGGGAUGGCGCAGUUCCGUCAGUAGAACUCGCUCUCC